UUGAAAUACACAUGCAGAGCACGAUGUCGGCCGGGUGGGGAGGGGCCGUGCGGGAAGAGAAGGAAAAGGAAGUUUCUGCUAAACGGAGCCUUGUGCCGGCACUCGCCGCCUGCGGCGCCCACGCAGCCGGUCCGGAGCCCGAUUCCCCGGGAAGUUCGGUCUGGCACAUUGGUUUAUUCUGUGACUUCCAGAGAAGCUCCUGCAUUCCUGAGGAAGAAAAACUGUGCCAAGUGCCACAAUGAGAAUGGACUGACCCUCAAGAGAGCUCAUCUGAGUUUUGAUGGGGAAGCAAAAGAGACUCCUCUGAACAUCCAAGAGCACAACAUCCAAGAUACUGUGGCCAGGUUUAUAAAGAAAGAUGAAGUGCUGAUUGUGGAGGUCCUGCCUUUCAGAGAGGCAACAGAUAUUGAAUUCAAGGAAUGCAGUGCAAAGAGUAGCUUGUUAAUACAUCAGAAAAAAAGCCUUCCUAAAUACAUCUCUGCCUUUACAAAAACUGAGGGUGGAUAUUUAUUUUUUGGUGUGGAUGACAACACUAAAGUCACUGGGACCCACAGUAACAUUAAGAAAGUAGCCUUAGAACAAACAGUAGCUGAUGCUGUCAGCUCAAUGUGUGCCCAUCACUUCUGUGGCUCUGGGGCUGGCGUGCAGAUCCAGAUGCACAUCCUGGGUGUUUAUGACCAAGCAGGCUGUUCACAGGGCUAUGCCUGUGCUAUGCACAUUGAGCUGUCCUGCUGCUCUGUGUCAGAUGGUGACCCUCAAUCCUGGAUGGUGCUGAGCACUGUCAGGGAGGAGAGU